ACCACACACAAGCACACACAUGGUGGGCUACUCCUUUACUGCAUAUAAAUGGAAGAGGGAAAGAGAGAAGUUGUCCUGCCAGCCUCAGGAGCCUGAAGUGUAUGUAUGUGUAUGCAGACUAAGAUUGUCCAGCAUCUACAUCGACAAACAGAUCAGGUUUGCGAGUGAGUGUCAGUAGUAUUUUUUCUGCAGUACACUAAACAUGACUGACCAGGAGACCCCUGAGAAUGUGGCCACACCCACAACACCCGCUGUGGCCCCUGUACGCCCCAAACAGGCGUCUCACCGUGGACGCAGCGUGGGCCCAACAGCCAACUCCAAUAAAGAACAUGAAGAGAUCCCUGAGUUUGAGCCUUUCAUGCUCAUGCCUAGAGGUCCUCCACCUCUUACUGAGUAUCUGGAUAUCUGGGAUGUCAAUAUGCUCAAACAGCCCAAUGAGGAGAAUAAGCAAAGGCAUCACACACACCUCUACUCCAGUGACCACCUGAUUGUACGCCGAGCGCAGGAGUUUCUGAUUAAAAUCACCUUCAACCGUCCUUUCGACGCUGCACAGGACAAGUUUGCUGUUGAGUUUGCUAUCGGUGCUGGUGCACAGUACAGUAAAGGCACCUACAUCCCUGUCUUCCCGACUCCAGAACGGCAGAGUGUGUGGCGUGGUCAGAUCUUAGAGAAGUCAGAAAAUGCUGUCACCAUGGGCAUCACCCCUGCUCCUGACUGUAUUGUGGGAAAGUACAGGAUGUAUGUUGCUGUGGUCACUCCAUAUGGCAUUCGGAGGACUAGGAGGGACCCAAGCUCAGACAUAUAUAUAAUCUUCAACCCCUGGUCACCAGGUGAUAGUGUGUUCCUUGAUGAUGAAGAGGAAAGAGAGGAGUGUGUGCUAAAUGAACUCGGCAUCAUCUAUCAUGGAGCAUAUGAUGAUAUUUCUGAACGUCCCUGGAACUAUGGACAGUUUGAGUUUGGGAUUCUGGAUGCAUGUCUGUUCAUCUUGGAUAAAGCUGAAAUGCCCCUCACCAACCGUGGAGAUCCUAUCAAAAUCAGCAGGAAAGGCUCUGCUAUGAUGAACUCACGUGAUGAUGAUGGCGUGAUGGUGGGAAACUGGAGUGGGGAGUACCUGUAUGGUGUGGCUCCUACCUCUUGGACUGGCAGUGUGGAGAUCCUGCUGGACUACGCUGGAAGUGGUGGACAAUCCGUCGGCUAUGCCCAGUGCUGGGUCUAUGCCGCUGUGUUUAAUACUUUCUUACGUUGUCUGGGUAUCCCUAGCAGAGUGGUCACUAACUACUUCUCUGCCCACGACAACAAUGGAAACCUGAAAAUGGACAUCAUACUAGAUGAAAAUGGCAAAGUGGACAGAAGCCACACCAGGGACUCCAUCUGGAAUUAUCAUUGCUGGAAUGAGUGCUAUAUGGCCAGACCUGAUCUUCCUGAAGGCUUUGGAGGCUGGCAGGUUGUGGAUGCUACACCUCAGGAGACCAGUGAUGGUAUGUACCGGUGUGGACCUGCAUCUGUGGCAGCUAUUAAACAUGGAGAAGUCUGCUAUCCCUUUGAUGCCCCAUUUGUGUUUGCAGAGGUGAACAGUGACUUGGUGUACUACACCAGAAAUAAAGAUGGCACACUGAAUCCAGUGAAGGUGAACCCCAGCUAUGUGGGUCGCAUGGUGCUGACCAAAGCAGUGCUGGAUAAAGGACGCAGAGACAUCACUGACCAUUACAAGUUCCGUGAAGGCACUGCAGAGGAACGUAGAGUUCUGGAGAAAGCUGUGGAGUUUGGCUGUCAGCGGGAGAAAGCAUCUGUGCCUAAUGCAGAUGUGGAGAUAGAGAUCCUUGUUCUGGAGGUGCAGUGGGGUGAUGAUUUUGAGCUAGAGCUGCAGUUCACCAACCACAGCAGCCAGCGACGUGUGGUGGACAUCUACAUCACUGGUAAUGUGGUCUACUACACAGGAGUGCCGAGUGCUGAGGUUAUCUUCAAGACCCUGGAUGUGAAACUGGACCCAGAGAAGAGCAAAAAGGAAAGAAUUGUGGUACGCAAUGAGGACUAUCAGAGUAAGCUGGUGGAACAGGGGAACCUGAACUUCAUCGCUACAGGGAAGGUGCAAGAGACAGGUCAAAUUAUAACCGCCAUGAGGGUUGUCACUGUGCACAAUCCCAAACUCACUGUGCAGGUGACUGGUUCUCCCAGAGUGGCUGAAGAGAUGUAUGUGACAGUGGAGUUCACCAACCCUUUUAAAUUCAGUUUGGAAAAUGUGUAUGUGCGCAUAGAGGGGCCUGGCAUCAUGUCUAUCAAUACUAAACAGUACAGCAUAAUUGGCCCAGGCAAGUCUAUUACAUGGUCUGAGAGCUUCCGUCCUCGAAGAACAGGAACCACCAGACUGAUGGCCAGCCUGGACUGUGCUGCUCUCAGGCAGGUAUAUGGAGAGGUGGAGGUCACCAUCCAGCCAUAGAGAGGGAGAAAAAGAUGAGGGAAAAUUAAGUCUUGAUGUUGAUAAACACCAGGAUUUAAAUCUGUAAUCAGAAAUCUAUGCCAUAUCUUGUCUAUAUUUUGUAACAACCUGCUUGAGUAAAAAAUCUUACACCAUUGACAGCAUGUCAUAGUGUGUAAACACAUGAUUCUGGAAAUAAAGAGCAUUUGAAACAUA